AUGUAAUUGGAGAGAGAAAGAGAGAGGGAGAAAAGCUGCCUUGCCCCUUCUCUUGCUGCUUCUAGGCCAUCAAGUAGCUGUACUAGCAGAACGCACGGCUGCUAACAAACCAAUUUCUAUUCUCUUGAAAUUCUAACCCUUUAUAACCAUCAACUGAUCUUUCUCUCUUUCGGGGUUUAGCUUGUUUCGGAAGAGCUAUGAGAAGAUCCCAUUUCUGUUUUGUUUCUGUAUUAUCACUUUUGGUUGCUUACACUUUUCAAUUUCAAGUUCAGGCUGCUCCUGCAGGGCUAUUAUUUAAGCAAUUAUCUUCUGUUCUUAAAUGGACUGCUAGAUCAUCCUCCAAAACACCUCAAUCAGAUGGGAAUGUUCUCCAAUUUGAAGAUGGGUACAUAGUGGAGACUGUUCUGGAAGGAAAUGAAAUUGGAGUUGUUCCUUAUAAAAUACGUGUCUCUGACGAUGGUGAACUAUAUGCUGUUGAUGAAGUUAAUAGCAACAUUGUUAAAAUUACUCCACCGUUGUCCCAAUACAGUAGGGCAAGAUUGGUGGCUGGUUCAUUUCAGGGUUAUACAGGGCAUGUGGAUGGAAAACCAAAUGAAGCUCGUUUUAAUCAUCCCAGAGGUGUAACCAUGGAUGAUAAAGGGAAUGUGUAUGUCGCUGAUACCUUGAACCUUGCCAUCAGAAAGAUUGGAGACUCUGGCGUCACAACCAUUGCUGGUGGGAAAUCAAAUAUUGCUGGAUACAGGGAUGGACCUAGUGAGGAUGCGAAGUUUUCAACUGAUUUUGAUGUGGUAUAUGUCCACUCCACAUGCUCUCUGUUAGUUGUUGAUAGAGGAAAUGCUGCUCUUCGACAAAUCUCUCUCAACCAAGAAGAUUGUGAUUACCAGUCCAGUUCAAUUACUGCUACAGAUCUCCUUAUGGUUGUUGGUGUUGUCUUGGCUGGAUAUAUUACGUGUAUGCUUCAGCAAGGAUUUGGGUCUUCUUUCUUCUCAAGAACGCAACAAUAUCCAGAGAAUGAAUUUAAAGAGUAUCCAAGUAUGGAGAAACCAAGUCCUAUCACCGAGACCAUGAAAGAGGAUCCUAAAUGGCCUUCUUUUGGACAGCUCAUUAUUGAUCUUUCUAAGCUCGCACUCGAGGCAUUGGCUAACAUGUUCCUCUACUUAAUCCCUUCAUGGUUCAAGUCAAGCGGAUCCGCCAAAGGCCUCACACCAUUGAAAGAUUCCCUAAGGAUGCCUGAGGAUGAAGUUGAACCCCCAACAGUCCAGAGGCAUAGUAUUCCUGUUUCUUUGUCUGAAACCCGGCAGGUCCAUACUCCCAAUACUAUUGACAAAUAUUCAGAAAUGAAGCCCCCCAAGAUUAAGUCAGCCAGUUUCAAGGAUCCUUCUUUAUCAAGCAAGCACCGGUCCUUGAAACGACAAGAAUAUGCAGAAUUCUAUGGAUCAGGUGAGAUUCCUCCUCCUGGCAGGUCCAAGAGUCACAAAGAGAAAACGAGGCAUCGACAACGUGAUAAGAGCGGAGAGGUGGUUUCUGGAGCAGUUGGGGCAGAGCCAAAACCUGCUGAGAUGAAGCCUAUGAAUUAUGAUACUCCAAAAUUUGACCAUUACAAUAUGAGAAGCAAGUAUGGAUCUGACAAUUCCUACCAAUUUUGAUAACCCUUAUUUGUGACCAUGUCUUUUUCUUUUUUGUAUAAUUAUGUCUCAUUUUCAGUUGACAUUUAAUUCGAAUCAAAACUGAAAGCAAGGAUUAAUCUGUUGGAUA